AAUAGUGAAGUGAAGCGGUGAAGGAAUAGAAUAGCGAGGAGGUGCGAAGCCGAAACAAGAGCCGAAGAGGAAGUGUUGUGAGUUGUGUGUGGGAGGGGAGGAGAGGAGAGGAGAAGAGAGGAGAGGAGAGCAGAGCAGAGGAGAGGAGAAGAGAGGAGAGGAGAGCAGAGCAGAGGAUGCAUAAAUUAAUUUCCUUUUGUGUUCUGAAAUGAAAUUGUAAUAAUUUAUUAGUUAAUUCCAGCCAACGGCACAGAUCGAAUUUAAAUUCGGAAAAGCGAACUGGUUUACAGAUAGGAGGAGGCUUUUUCUUGCUUCGUGAGAUCUACUUUUUGUAUAGCGGAGCGGAGCGGUUAUUUAUCUCUUUCUAUUUAGAAAUUGAAUUAAUCAUCUCUAAUCUAAUAUACAAGAUGAUGGAGAGCGAAAAGAAACCAUCGUCCGCAGCAAUAUCGAAUUUUGGAGCAUGGGCGAUGAACAUUGUCAGCUCCGUCGGAAUUAUCAUGGCCAACAAACAGCUCAUGUCCAACAAUGGCUACGCUUUCACCUUUGUACGUUAACUGGGUUCCAUUUUGCUGUGACUGCUCUCGUCGGUAUAGUGUCAAAUGCUACUGGUUACUCAGCAUCUAAGCAUGUCCCUAUGUGGGAGCUUCUUUGGUUCUCAAUGGUGGCCAAUAUGUCUAUCACGGGGAUGAAUUUUAGCCUCAUGCUCAACUCCGUUGGAUUCUACCAAAUAUCAAAAUUGAGCAUGAUUCCUGUGGUUUGUGUGAUGGAAUGGAUCCUUCACAACAAGCACUACUCAAGGGAAGUGAAAAUGUCAGUGAUGGUUGUGGUUAUUGGUGUUGGUGUUUGCACUGUAACUGAUGUAAAAGUUAACCUCAAAGGUUUCACGUGUGCUUGCAUAGCAGUUUUAUCAACAUCUUUACAACAAAUUUCAAUAGGUUCUCUACAAAAGAAAUAUUCGAUUGGAUCUUUUGAAUUGCUGAGUAAGACUGCCCCCAUUCAAGCUCUUUUUCUUCUUAUUCUUGGUCCAUUUGUUGAUUACUACCUUAGCGGCAAAUUGAUAACCAACUAUAAGAUGUCUUCUGGUGCCAUUGCAUGCAUUAUUCUUUCAUGCUCGCUAGCUGUAUUUUGCAAUGUGAGCCAGUACCUUUGCAUUGGGCGCUUUUCAGCUGUUUCCUUCCAAGUUUUAGGCCACAUGAAAACAGUAUGUGUCCUAACGUUGGGAUGGCUGCUAUUUGAUUCAGAGCUAACUUUCAAGAAUAUCAUGGGAAUGGCUAUCGCAGUUAUUGGCAUGAUCAUUUACAGUUGGGCGGUGGAGGUUGAAAAGAAGUCAAAUGAAAAGACCUUUCAUCAUGCAAAAAAUAGCUUAACUGAAGAAGAAAUUAGAUUACUUACGGCUAGCAUAGAUAAGAUUCCUUUGAAGGAUGUUGAACUGGGUGAAGAUCAAGGAGAUUGAAUCAAGAUCAAGGAGAUUUAAUCAAGUCAUGAUUGAUAAAUUGUGUUGGAAUGAAUGCACAAUUAUGAGGUGCAUGGUCGUUAAACUCUCGAUUUAACUCUUAAAUUCUUGUGAGUUCACGAUUCUAAGUCACAAGAACGAGUUAAUUCACGUGUAAACUCAUAGCAGUUCAAUAAGUUCUGAUAACAUUGGUAAACUCUCAAUUUCACUGGUGAGUAUCGAGUUUAUGAGUUUACAAUUCUAUAUUGAUUUGGCUUUACAAUGUUUAUUUUUGUUGGUAUUAUUUCGUAUUUGGUCAAUAUAUACAGUAUGGAGAUGAAAUGUGGAAUUAUUAUUAUUUUAAUGAUGUUA